AUGGACCUGGAAAAAUCAAUAAGGAAGCAAAGCGACAUUUUCACGUUGGCUAAGCACGUGAUCGCCACCACCGCCGGUAAAAUCUCGAACCUCGUCUUCUCGCCGGCUUUAAUCAACGUCAUCCUCAGCUUCAUCGCCGUCAAAUAUCCCGGCGCCAUUGAAGACCAGAUUCUCUCUUUAUUACAGGCUACUUCGACCGAGGAGCUUAACGCCGUCUCCUCCGAGAUCGUAACCGCCGUCCUCGCUGACAGCACCGCAAGUGGCGGCCCAACGAUCUCGGCCGCGAAUGGCGUCUGGAUCGAUAAGUCUCUCCCUCUCGAUCCUUCUCUCAAAGAUCUAUUGGAGACUUCGUAUAAGGCUUCUUUCAAUCAAGUCGAUUUUCGCACCAAGGCUGAUGAAGUGACUGAAGAGGUGAAUUCAUGGGUUGAAAAGCAGACAAAAGGACUCAUCACUGAUCUACUUUCAUCUGUUUCUCCUAUGACUGAUGUCCUAUUCGCUAAUGCCUUGUUCUUCAACGGAAGAUGGGAUGAAGAAUUCGAUCCAUCGCUGACAAAAGAUUCCGAGUUUCACCUUCUUGAUGGAACCAAAGCGCGUGUGCCCUUCAUGACCGGUGGUUACUCUUACAGAUACAGUCUCGAAGCUUACCAAGGUUUCAAAGUCCUUGAUCUACCUUACAGAGAAGGACGUGAUGAUUACAAGGAAGACUGGCGUUGUUUCUCAAUGCAGAUCUAUCUCCCUGAUGAGAUAGAUGGUUUGCCUGUAAUGCUGGAGAGGUUAGCUUCUUGUCCUGGAUUCUUGAGUGGCGAAGGAGACAUUCUUGGCCAACGUGCACGUAUUGGAAAAAUCAAGAUUCCAAGGUUUAAAUUUGCGUUUGAUUUCGAAGCCUCGGAAGCUAUCAAGGGUUUGGGUUUGAAUCUGCCGCCAUUGGAGACGAUCAUUCACAAGUCUUGCAUCGAUGUCGAUGAAGUUGGAUCGAAAGCUGCUGCUGCUGCUGCUGUAAUCGGUGUUGGUGCUGCUAUGCCUCCGAAAAAAAAGUAUGACUUCGUGGCUGAUCAUCCGUUUCUCUUCCUCGUCAAAGAAUACGGAAGCGGACUUGUUCUGUUCCUUGGUCAAGUUCUUGAUCCUUCUAUGCAUUAAUUUGUGUCCAAAGUCUCGGGACUACUGAGUUUUUUUUUUUGUGGCCACUC